UCUUUCCCCAGUUUAAUGCAAUAAACACAACGCAACUGAAAAGAGGAAAAAACUGUACAAAAAGAGAUUUUUAAGAGAUUAUUUCCCCCCUGUAAAUAAUAAAAAGGCGCCUGGAAAAACAAAAGCUGUAAAAACGUUAAUAAUAGAGGACAUAAGUGGGAAGAAAUCAGCUCUGUAUUUGUGUUUCCGUCGACUGUGGUUGAAGACAUCCUGAACGCUCACACACACAGAACCGGUAUCUAUUAUUUCUUGCAUGGAGCCUGUCCAAUCAGAGAUGAGCAUCCUGGUUAAUGGGAAAAGUCAUGACCUUGGGGAUGAUAUGAAUGUGCCAAUGAAGACAAUGAUAGAGGAGGAUGUAAAUGGCACUCAAAACAGAUUUGAUGAUCCCGAUGGGGGUCUGGCAGAAAAUGUGGAGUUUCUGCCUGGCGGUGAGGGCAAAAAGCCACGCUUCACUGAUUUUGAAGGGAAGACCUCUUUUGGCAUGUCUGUCUUCAAUCUCGGCAAUGCCAUUAUGGGUAGCGGGAUUCUGGGUUUGGCAUACGCCAUGUCCAACACUGGAAUCAUCCUCUUUUUGUUCCUUCUCACAGCCGUUGCUGUUCUUUCGUGUUACUCUAUUCACCUCUUGCUAAAAGCCUCCGGUGUUGUCGGAAUCAGAGCCUAUGAACAGCUGGGUUUCCGGGCUUUUGGGACACCCGGCAAACUGGCAGCUGGAAUUGCUAUAACACUUCAGAAUAUAGGAGCUAUGUCCAGCUACCUGUUCAUUGUAAAGUCUGAGUUUCCUCUGGUCAUCCAGGCCUUCCUGAAGGCAGAUGUCAACUCUGGAGAGUGGUAUCUAAAUGGCAACUACCUGGUGGUUCUUGUUUCUAUAUCUGUGAUCCUGCCUUUAGCCCUCAUGAAGCAACUCGGUUACCUCGGUUACACCAGUGGUUUCUCUCUUAGUUGCAUGGUUUUCUUCCUCAUUUCGGUAAUCUAUAAGAGAUUCUACAUCCUUUGCCCAUUCGAGGAGUUCUUGGCUAAUAACACAGAUGUCCACGUGCUGUCAACUGAUUUGCCAUUGACUGACACUCACCAUGAUGAACAUGUGGUGGACGAUACACACUGCUCUCCCCGUAUGUUCACAAUGAACUCUCAGACGGCCUACACCAUCCCUAUUCUUGCCUUUGCCUUUGUUUGUCACCCUGAAGUACUGCCCAUCUACACUGAGCUGCGCAACCCAUCUAAAAAGAAAAUGCAGCAGGUAUCGAACCUCUCCAUCUUCAUUAUGUACGUCAUGUACUUCCUCGCUGCCCUGUUUGGCUAUCUGACCUUCUAUGAAAACGUGGAGGCUGAACUGCUGCACACCUACAGCAGGAUUGACCCCUACGACACUCUGAUCCUGUGUGUGAGACUAGCUGUGCUGACAGCUGUCACACUGACUGUGCCGAUUGUGCUGUUUCCGGUGCGCCGAGCCAUUCAGCAGAUGAUCUUCCCUGACAAGUCAUUCAGUUGGAUCCGUCAUACUAUCAUCGCCAUCACUCUCCUCACCUUCAUCAACAUGCUUGUCAUCUUCGCACCGAACAUCCUCGGCAUCUUCGGAAUUAUCGGUGCUACUUCUGCUCCUUGCCUCAUCUUCAUUUUUCCUGCUGUUUUUUAUAUCCGCAUUGUUCCCAAAGAUGACGAGCCUAUGUCCUCCAAACCCAAAAUCCUGGCUGCCUGUUUUGCUGGUUUGGGUGUGCUGUUCAUGAUUAUGAGUUUGGGCUUUAUCAUCAUCGACUGGACUACAGGCAGCAGCAAUUCUGCUGGUGGCCACUAGAGGACAGUUAAAGUUUGUGUGUGUGAGUGUAAGUGUGAAUGACUGAUAAGGGGAGUGUAUUAAAAACUUUACUGUUUUAUAGCAGGUUGAGCGAGGCUCAACUGGAGCACAUUUUGUAUAGUUUGUUUGUUUUUAAGUGUAGCUUUCUGUUUUAGCACAAACCACCUGAAUCAGGUAAUCAACAGUUAUAGACUAGUGAAGGUAAAAUAGAAAUGAUUCUUUUAGAGGACGAAAGCGUAGUUUAGAACUUUUGGGGUUCAGAGUGAAGUAGAUUCCCAAUGUUAGAGAGAAAAACUAGCUGGUUAUUUGCCUUGAGUUGCUAUUUGAGAGAAAUUGCAACUUGUCAUGGCUCUGAACUUUCAGGCUUCAGUCUCAGUUAAUUCAGUGUUAUCUAUUUUAAGACAUCCUCACCUUUCUUUUAUAAUUAUUUACUUUUGCUUUUCUUUUAUGCUUUCUCCAUCUGCCUUUAGAUAUACAGCUAGCUCUGUAUAGAAUAAAACUUUGUGAUGCCACUUACAGUAACAUAUAUACAGUCUUAUGCAAAAGUUUAGGUACUACUUGAUAAAUAACAGAUCUUCAUUUUUUUUUUUUAUUGAAACAAUGUUAACACAGUCUCUCUUUAAAAUGGAAAAAAUGCACAAUAUUUUCAGCAAACAUUGAUGCAUAGGUAAAAUAAAAGGUUUAUGUCAUAAAUUGGACAAAUAUAAAAGAUAAAACCAUUAUUGUGGCACUGUGCAAAAGUUUGGGCACCCUACAUAAUCAGUACUUAGUAACACCUCCUCUGGCAGAUAUCACAGCUUCCAAACACUUUUUUAGCCUUUAAGUCUUUAAAUUCUUGUACUUGGGAUUUUUUUCCCAUUCUUCCAUGCAAAUGGCUUCUAGUUCUGUAAUAUUCUUUGGCCGUCUUGCAUGUACAGCUCUUUUAAGGUCUACCCACAAAUUUUCAAUGAUGCUUUAAUCAGGGGACUGUGAUGGUCAUUCCAAAACCUUUAGCUUGUGUCUUUUGAUGUAUUCCAUAAUGGAUUUUGAGGUAUGUUUAAGUUCAUUGUACUAUUGUAGAAGCCAUCCUCUUUUCAGCUUCAGCUUUUUUACAGAUGGUGUGAUGUUUACUUCCAGAAUUUGCUUGUAGUUAGUGGAAUCCAUUCUUUCCUCCAUUAGUGCAAUGUUUCCUGUGCCACUGGCUGCAACACAACCCUAAAGCAUGAUAGAUCCACCCCCAUGCUUAAUUGUUGGCAAGGUGUUCUUUUCAUGAAAUGCUGCACCAUUUUUUUUUCUCUCCAAACAUGCCUUUGCUGAUUUUGGGCAAAACUUUCUAUUUUAACUAUUAGUCCACAGUACUUGUUUCCAAAACGCAUCAGGCUUCUGUAGAUGUUUUGUUGCAUAUGUCUUCAUAUGUCUGCAUAAGGCUUUCUUCUGCUGACUCUUUCAUGAAGGUCUUUUAUGAAGGUGCACCACCACUCCUGAGUCUGCUAAAUCUUUCUGCAGGUUUUUUGCAGUCAAACGGGGGUUUUGAUUUGUCUUUCUGACCAGCAUACGAGCAGUUCUCUCUGAGAGUUUUCUCGGUCUUCCAGAUCUCAUCUUGACCUCCACAGUUCCUCUGAACUGCCAUCUCUUAAUUACGUUUCUCACUGUGGAAACUGCAAGCUGACAACACUUAGCUAUCUUCUUGUAGUCUUCUCCUGCAUCGUGGGCAUCAAUAACUUUUCAUUUUCAGAGUCUUAUACAGCUGCUUAGAGGAACCCAUGGGUGUUGAGUGUCCGCAAGUGUGUGCACAAGGUUUGAAGAGUCAAAGUAUUUGUAAAGCUUUGAAAUUGGCAUUUACUAAUGAGAGCUGUUGCCAAGCAUCAGAUCUACUGUGCUGAUUAAGGUCUGAAAUCUUGUAAAAAGAAUCUAAGACUCUGGAACCCUUAGGGUGCCCAAACUUUUUCACAGUGCCAUAAUAAUGUUUUUAGUUUUUAUAUAUAUAUUUAAAAAAUCUGUUAUUUAUCAAGGGGUGCCCAAACUUUUGCAUAAGACUGUAUGUUGAUAAUAAUAAUAAUCAUGAUCCAGAUCUGUUUAUGUUGUGUUAUUUAUAAAAUUAUUUAUAAGAAUAAUAAUACAAUAAAAACCGAUCUGGAUAAAGUUGAAAUCACAUGUUGGAAGCUGAAGGCUGUUUUCCAAGAGACGGGAUAUUCAUUUGUAGUAGCUCUGGCUCUGAUCGUAGUGAUCUUUUUAAGCAUUCCUUUCCUUCCUGUGCUCAAGUACCGGCAUUGAAUAGAAAAGGAGUGUAUGCAUGUGUGUUUAUAUAGACCAGUAUCAGCUGCUGUUAGAGAACCAGGUCCGUGGUGCUAAAUUCAUCUUAAAUAUAUUACAGUGGAACUUUAAAAUGUACAAAAGUUCCUUGUGUACCUGUAAAGUGCACAAUAUGCGGUGACAGAUUGGAGAUUUACACAAACAAUAAGUUAAGAAAUAUUUAUUAUGAUGUAUGAAAUGUUUUUUAAGUCAUUGGAUGAGUUUUUGAAGCACAAAAAAUGCGUAGAUUGUAUUUAACAAUAUAAUCAGGUUCAGUAUUCAAAUGAAAGAAAUGAUUUAUGCAGAAAGUUUAAGAAAAGGUAUCUUGUAAAUAUUGACAGCUAAAUGUGUGAAGAUCAUAAGUAAAGCUAUACUCUUGUAUUUGGGCAGAAAAUGACAUGUAGGAAUAAUCUGUUUGUGUAUUUUAUAUGAAUUAAACAAAAACUUCCCCUCCUCUUUACUACUAA